AUGUUUCGACAUUCCAAUGCGCAAAUCCGGUCUUCUUAUACUCCUUUACGCACAAUAGGUCGUGGAACUUUUGGUAGAUGCGUCCUUGUGCGCUCUAAAACAGAUAUGUCACAGUUAUAUGUCAUUAAAGAGAUUGACCUUUCAAAACUUAAAAACGCAAAGAAUCGUAUGGAAGCAAGACGUGAAGUUGAAUUAUUAAAACAAUUAAAUUGGCCUGGAAUUGUUAAAUUUGUUGAAAGUUGGGAAGAUCAUAAUGGUCUCAUUACCAAUAAAUCCAAUAAUUUUGUCAAUUCUUUACAAUAUUCAACCUCUCAAGAUAAUGAUCAACCAGAAAGAAAACUUGUCCUCCCGCAAGAAUAUCGGGUUUUAAAUAUUGUAACCGAAUAUAUGGAUGGUGGAGACCUUUAUGCUAUCAUUCAAAACCAAAGGAGAAUUGGUAUUCUCUUUAAAGAAGAUCAAAUAUUGGAUUGGUUCGUUCAAUUAUGUUUGUCCAUAAAGUAUAUUCAUGACCAUCGAAUUUUACAUAGAGGUAAUGUUGAUACGAUCAGAAAUUAA